AUGCUGCGGUACGACUCUGAGCUCAUACCGAAGCCCCUGCUGGCGUUUUGCAACAAGGCUCAGCUCUCGGACAACAUCCGUGUGGCCACCUCUUUGCUCCGGUGCAAGGGCACGAGGAGUGCCUUCAUUGCCUUGGACGAAAGCUACUGGCGGCCUACGUGGGAACAGGUAGUCGGCCUGGUGCACACGGACGAGCAGCAGGUUGCCGUUCUAGGCGGCGGCUACCACCCCGAUCCCGACAAGAACUUCAGCUUGGUUCUCGGAAACAACUUGAGAGGCCUGCCCUCGGCUAAACUGGCCAGGAUGAGUGUGCAUGCAGUCAUGGCUCGAACCGAUGAUCGUCGGCACACGUGGGACGUGUGCAUGGUGCCCUUGCUGCCGGCAGCAGAGCAGGGAGACUUCAGCAAGGCCGAGUUCUUUGUGGAGAUACUGGGCCACUGCAUGCAGGCCUACGUGGACACAAACAACCUCCCCUGCAUGGGCUACGCCUUGGAUGCUGGCACAUCCAACAAUGUGGCUCGAAGACUAGCGCUUGGCCUCCAAAGCUUGGAGCCUUUCGAAGACCUCCCCUUCUGGAAGCAUUGCUGCCACAAGAAUGCAGGUCUCGGUCGCUACAUGCCCAUCUCCGUCCUCCACCACAAGCCCUCGUCGACGGUCAUCUUGGCAUCCGUCGACAACCUGCAUCUCUUGAAGCGGCUGGGAGCACACCAUGUCUCGGGCACCCGGAGCAUCCAGUACGGCGCUGCCGUGUGCGAUCUGAGCCUCGCCUUGGGCGCUGGGCUCCCGCCGAAAGCCUACACCAUGCACGAUGCCAUGAGCGACAAGGAGGAGGCACAGAGGACCAAUCCGGCGUGCUUGCGGUCAGCCUGGUGCAGCUUUGGCCACCACGGCUACACAUUGGUGUCCAGCCUCGUCGCGCUGGCAGGCGAGGCCGGCGAUCUGUUGACCUCGAAGGAGCGCCUAGGAGCAGCGGCGACAUGCUAUUUCUUCCUACUGAUGAACCAUAUGGUGGUGAAGCAGCAGCAUGCCGAGAAUGCCGAGAAGUACAGCCUUCCGAGGACGACCCUCCGCAACACCUUGCACGGCUUGUUGUUGUCAAUCCUCGGUUGCAUGCACCCAGGCGAGGUCGGCAGAGACUCCUUUUCUGCACGAUGCUUUCAGGAGGCAGUUGCCGAGCACCACUUCGGCCGUGCCAAGAGUCCGUAUCGAGGAACACCAAGCUUUGGCCAAGGCCUGUGGGGUGUCCACAGAUGUCAUGUGGAGCAGCUCCGAGCGAAAUGGACCGCUCCCGAGACAGGAUGCAGCCCCGUGCCCAGCACCGAAGUCACCAAAGUCCUUGAUGACAGCAUGGAAGACGCAGCUUGGACGCUCGCUUUUAUGUCCCUGGGACGCACAGCCUCAGUCAUCCUGGCAGAUUUCCGGGCAUGGUGGCCCGGUUACGGCAAGGCAUUGGUCACACAAGGUCUGGAGGAAAUCGAUGACGAUGAUGAUGGUGUCGACGCCGAGGGCAUGAUCUUUGAGGAGGAGGCCGGGGAGCAGCCUGCAGAUGACGAGGACCUGAGGCUCGUCGAAUCCUUGGAAGACCACGUGCUCAACAAGCAACAGAUAGCCCAGCUGUUGGAUACGCCGCCCGUGCCGGAGGAGGCCGCAGCAGCUGCAAGUGCAGUCGUGAUGCCAUCGCAGCAAGCCGAGACGACCGAGCAGACGGAGGAGGCCGAGACAGCCUCAAAGCAUCUGAAAGCUGCAUUGGUUCUCGCCACAGAUGCUUCCGGUGCUACCUCGACCCGACCGAGGACGUGGCAUGAUCUGCUCCAGCGCAUGCGGACCCUCAAAGAUUUCGACCUUUCCAAGCCAGGCUCCGAGCUGCUGGGCGCCUGUCUUCAGAGGCAGCUCCUGAUGACGCCUCGCAUACGUGCACUUGCAGCUUCCACACAUCAUGCUCGUGGAAUCCUGAGCACUGCCAUGCUCAGCGGCAAAGAAGCCGUCUGCGACUCCGACUAUCACAAGCUAGUGCACGAGUUAGCCUUGGCCAGGUCUGCUGGCUUCUCCGACGGGAAACGAAUGAGCAGGGCCAACGGCUGGAAGACUGUCCAAGAGAAGUGCCAAGCUGUUGCCAUGAAUGCGGCGGCCAGUCCCUGGUUCGUCCACACGGUCACUCACGUUCGUCCGCUCACAGAUGUGGAGAAACCCCAGAUCGUGCUCUACAGUUACAGGCAAGGCCCAGAGGUCCACCUCGGCGUGGUCACAACCGUCUUCCGUGGAGCCGUGAUGAAAAGCUCUUCCUCCAGCAGAAGGCUCCGGACGACAAAGCCAUCCACACAGCCGCUCACAGUCUCCAGCUGCGCAGUAGCCAGAGUUUGGAGGUGCGGUCCUACGGGCACGACCGGGAGGCAGUUUGCGGUGCAUGCAGCUUCAGUCAUCGAUCUCCUGGACCCUAUCGGCACCGUCAUCGGUCAGAUUGUUCCGGCAACCAUCUGCUUCACAGGCCCAGAGGAGUGUGCCAUCAUGGUCUUGCGGUUCAACCAGGAUCAGAUGGAGUCGAUCCAGAAAGUGGUCGACAGCGAGGAGGCUUACCAGGAGGCCGCGGCUGCAGCGCCGCACAGUGUCCCUGAACCUGAGGCGGACACCGUUCUCAAUCACCGCAGCUUCGCUCACACGAUGCAGGGCACCACGAACCUCGUGACAUUCAUGGAAAAGCUUCCAGGAUUGUGGAGUGCCCGGGGCUUCCAGAUCUUGAAUGACAAAGGCGGCUUCGACCUGGGCGACGGCCAGGUUGUUUUGUGGACCGAGCUGGUCCAACAGACUCCGGACUUCUUCGAGUGCACGUGCUCUCAUGUCAAGAAGGACGAUUAUGGCAAGCUUAUCGUUCGCAAACUUUGCGAUGCUCAUCCCGAUCAGGGCUCCACAUGUGAGUGCUCCUACUCGUACAGCUUCGCCCUGCUCUCAGCUCUGUUUUGCGAUGUGGUCGGCUUGCACAGAUCGCAGCUCGCCGUGGCAAAACGCCACUCACCGGGGAACCUAGCAUUGGAUUGGAUUGUUGGUCGACCGGUAUCCGUCAUGCAAUUUGAUGGCUGGGAGACCAUCAUGAAGUGUGCUGACCGUACCGACUGGGGGCUAAACGGCCUUGGCGGACUCUGGGCCUUCGAGCCCAGCUUAGACUCGCCCGAAGAAGAGCUCUUGGAGCCCUUGCCGGAUCCGUUGCCGCAGCUGCAACCACUGACUUCGAUGAUGCUGAUCGAGACCUGGAAGUGCAAGGCGCGUGACGAGGAUCGGCCCAACGUUGAUGACAUGAAAGUGGUCUCGCUUGGCUCCAGCGGUUUGGUCAAGGCUUCGCUGCUGGCAAUGGGCAUCGAGAGCCCAGAGUUGCCGUUCGAUUGGCUUCAGAUUAGCGAUUCCGGCGUGCUGCAUUUCAUUCGUCACGGCUGGGAGGCACCCACUCGUGAAGGACUAGGAGCCGGUGGGCAGCGACCGUCCGAAAUGCAUGGGUUCUUCGACUACAUGACCAGGAGAAGUGUUCCUGGAACUCCGCUGGUCAUGUGCCGCUCCUUCGUCCAUUCCUUUUGGCAUGAUGAUCCCGCCAAGCCAGAGGUUCGUGAAAACUUCAACAGACUUUUUACGCAGUUCGACGAGCUCGCACAAGAAGAACGCAGUCUCAAGCUCUUCGUACGGGCUGUGGCGACCUCCUGCGAACUCGGACGGGCUCGCGACCUAAUGGAGGCUGUGACCGCGAAGUUCGGCAAGCAGGCUGCGCUGUUGUUGAUCUGCGACUUUCAGAGCAAAGUCCAGGGGCCGCACAUGGUGGAUACUUACGAUGAUCUUUUGAUCUACUUCUUGGAGGGAUCCGCCCACAAGGAGGCGAUUCCGUACAAGAAACCAAUCCUUGCCGCACUGGACUGGAUUGCCGGGAUGGAGCUUCAGGUGGAUGUCGCUUCCGACUUCAAGGCUUUGGAAGCCUUGGCUGAGCCAACUUUGUGGGGACUGCGCGGCCUAGGCGGCUUCAACGCCUUCGAGAUGCUGCCUCCUGACAACGAUGGCGACUGGCAACCUGGGCCUGAAGAGAAGUGGCUCGUCGAUGCCAAGAUUGAAGCGGACAAUGACAACAAAGCCGCGGAAAGAAGGGCUUGCCUUGCCAGGGUUGAGGCAAAGACAUCCACAGGGGAUCUGUCUGUGGCUAUCAAAGCACAUGAUUUGCGCAGAUGCAGCAGCAUGUCGGCUCCUGGUUGA